AUGGCUCGCAAGGCGCGACAGAGAAUCAGUUAUGUGCUCCCGCUCGCCAACUCGGCCGGAGGACAUCGGCUCGGCGUCAAUGGCCUCGCAGUCGACCCGACCCAUUCGCUGCUCUAUUCCGGUGGCAGGGACGGAAUGAUAUGUGCCUGGGAUACACACCUCGAUCUCCAGAACGCCACGCCGCCCGAACACGAUGCGAAACUACCAGAGUCGCCCGCAUCGACCCUUCGAGCGCAGGUGCAAGCGCAUACGCACUGGAUCAACGACAUCGUGCUUGCCCAGAACAACCAAGCGCUGAUAUCCGCCUCGUCGGACGUUACUGUGAAGCUAUGGAGGCCUUUCGCGUCAGACGGCCUGCCGCCGCAGACCAUAGGCUUGCACAGCGACUACGUGAAGACGCUGGCCGUGCCAUACUCAACGCGCGACUGGGUGGCCAGUGGUGGCCUAGAUCGCUAUAUCAAUGUCUGGGACCUGAAUGGGGCAGGGCAAAAGCUCAAAAUCAAUGUGGCCGAAGAUGAGGUCAGCAGCCUGCUCAGCAAAGAGAAGGGCAGUGUCUAUGCGCUGGCGGCGACAAACUCGUUGUUGGCAAGUGGAGGGCCGGAGAGCACGGUGAGGGUGUGGGACUGCCGGACAGGCAAGCGAGUGACGAAGCUGGUCGGGCAUACAGACAACAUCAGAGACAUCCUCGUCAGCGAGGACGGCACCACCAUCAUGACUGCGAGCAGUGACAGGACGGUCAAAGUCUGGAGCACCAUCGCCGGUCGAUGCAUGUUCACAUUGACUAUGCACGAUGCCAGUGUGUGGUCGCUGUUCUCCGAUGAUCCUGAUAUGUCCGUCUUCUACUCCAGCGACAAGAACGGCCUGAUAGCCAAGACCGAUACGCGAAACACCAUCGAGCUCGAUGAAGGCCUGUCGGUCGCACUCUUCCAAGAACAUGAAGCCGUACACAAGGUCGUUGUUGGGGGCGAUUGCCUGUGGACAGCCACGAGCAGACCGAGCAUAAACCGAUGGCGCGAUAUUAACACCACGAAUGCAGAAAUUGACAUUCCAGAGGGCUACACCACACAUCACAGGCUGAGCUCGGCCACAGCACGCGCGAGAGCACCAAGCCCGCCAAUGGCGACGCCACACCGGCGGCCAUCUACGGGCAGGCGAAAGAUUCCGCUCAAGCAUGUACUCCGACUUAGCAAUACCGUUCAUUUCCCAACACUAAUCAUCCCUCCUCCCGAGCCAGAAGGCUCUCCACCGCAAAGACGAGCAACACUGGAGAGUCCGCCGGAAGGCAUCAUGCCACUACCAAUUCGAUCACAGCCAGAAUAUUCAAUCGAAGGCCAGAAUGGUCUCAUCAAGCACGUCAUGUUGAGCGACAGGAAGCGAUUAUUGACCAAGGACACUGCCGGCGAGGUGUUGAUGUGGGACCUGCUGAAGUGUGUCCCAAUACGAUCAUACGGCAAGCGACAUCUAGAAGAUGUCCAGAAUGAAGUCACCACAACCGCUGUAGUCGCCAAUUGGUGCACUGUGGAUACGCGGACGGGUAGCGUUGCUGUAAUCUUGGAGGAGAAUACCUGCUUCGACGCGGAAAUGUACGCCGACGAGUUGGAUCUUGAAGAAGGCGUGGACUAUCGAGAGGAUCAACGCAUCAACCUGGGCAAGUGGGUCCUGAGGUAUCUAUUCGACAACCUGGUCGCGGAAGAAAUCAAAAGAGACGAAGUAUUCCGGAAUCAGUUGCUCGCCAACAAAGAGCAGCAACGAUUGCAGCGUGAGAACGCGCCGACAAGCAUAGAUUUGCCACAACCCAACCUCAAUGGUUGGCACGCCGACACGAAUGGCACUCAAUCCGCAUCGACUGUACGUCCUAGCACGAAUGGUACGCGACCGCCCACCACACCCGGUUUUAACAUUGGUCUCGCGACUCCGGCGAUCACAGGGUCCCCAACAACGACAAGAGCGACGCCUCAGCUACCUCCUACGGCGGAGGAGGGCGCGGAACUGGAGCAUCGAGUCUCGUCGCAAUCGCAGCGCAAGUCCACUGAUCGAUCAAUGGACUACUUCUCGACGUCGCGUGUACCAAACACAGAUCUGACCACACCUGGUGGUACAUCACAACGUGCAGUGACACCAGGCGAAGGCCAGGAACCUCACACACCAUCAGGAGAGAACCCACCACCCGGAAAGGAAGCCGCGACGCCGGGCAAAGGUGGUGGUCUCUUCGGCAAGAAGUUCAAGAUGAACAUGUCGUUCGCAGGGAUGAGUAAGAUCGGGAGAACGACGACGAAUACCACCGACAAGCCAGCGCCUGUGGAGGAGAAGGAGAAUGAGGCCGAUCGAUCAGAUACGCAUUCCUCGAAGACAUCUAACAGUAGAGUCGUGGAUGACAAUCUACUUGGAACCGUGCAGAAGAUCCGCUUCGGCUAUGAAGACAGUUUGCAAAGCCAGAUUCAGCAGCAGCAGGCUCAUGAAAACGGUCUGCCGGUACCGAAAGCCGAGAUCGAGCUUCCAAGUGCCAUUCAGCCUAGUCCUCCCAACGAGACACCUGUGCUCAGACCACCGCCGAACACGAUAAUAUUAAUCCAGGAAGAUCGGCCUGAGGCUGGUGGAGUUGCGGAUCUCUUCGAAGGCACGGUCGGCGGCCUUGGAGAGAUGACUGACCUGGUGGAGAAGACAGCACCGAUGUGGCUCGGCGAAGUCCUUUUGCGCAACCAGAUCCCUGUCAAAGAUGUUGUUAAGAUCAGCUUUAUCCUCGAACCAUGGAUCGAUCCUGCAAGUGGACAGCCUACUCUGCCAGCCAUCGCCACCGAUGGCAAUAACCGCUUAAACGCCAACAGAAUGCUCCGCGCUAAGAAGAUUUUGGCAUACGUUGCGGAAAGAAUCGAGCCUGCGCCGAAAGACGGUGAAGAGAGGCCAAAGGCUGAAGAGUAUUUGGAGUUGUGGUGUCAGGAUCAGAUCAUCCCGCCUACGAUGACUUUGGCUAGCAUGCGAACGCACAUGUGGCGAGGAGGUCAAGAUGUCGUUCUUCAUUAUCGAGCUAAUGGCAAGAAACCUAUCUUACAUGCGCCUUUGGCGAACUCGGCUAUCCCUACGAGCAGUAAACCUGCGUCGACGAAGGGAGAUGGAGAUGCUUGA